AUGUCCGCCGAUACCAAAGGAAAGAAGCGCAAGUCCGGCGACAACAUUGUCCCCGCCGCGAAGAAGAUCAAGACCAGAACCGAAAUCAACGUCGCAAAAUCCGCCGACCGCCCAGACCCCGUCAAGUUUGCGCUGAAGAAGAGCAAGACAACAGUCGUAGAGAAGGCGAACGGCAAGAAUACCAAGGCCGCCAAAACGGUCAUCGAGGAACCAGUAGCAGCAGACUCAGAAGAAGCCGAUACCAUCGUUUCCGACGCUGAAGAGGGAGGCGCAACUCUCACAGCAGACCAGACCGAAGCCCUCCUCGCCGGCUUCACCGACAGCGAAGAUGAGGACGAAGACGACAAAGUAGACGAAGGCAUCGACCUCGCGAAUUUGCCAGCACCACCGAAAGCGAAGAAACCUCCAGGCGACAAACCCUCAGACCCCGAGAACACCCCAGGCGCAAUCUACAUAGGCCGCCUUCCCCACGGUUUCUUCGAAAAACAGCUACACGCAUACCUCUCCCAAUUCGGCACCAUAACCCCAGGCCACCUCCGUCUAGCCCGCAACAAGAAGACCGGAAAGUCAAAACACUACGCCUUCAUCGAAUUUGAAAGUGCUUCCGUAGCCGACAUCGUCGCAAAAACCAUGGACAAAUACCUCCUCUUCGGCCACAUCCUUCAAGUGCGCAGAGUACCCGCUGAACAAGUGACCGAAGGCAUGUGGGAAGGACCAAAGGGAGUAAAGGGAGGCAAGGCUCGCCCUCGGAAUAGGAUCGAGGGCACGAGAUUGAGAAAGGGUGCCGAACGUGAAGUCUGGGAAGGUAGAGUUACGAGAGAACAGCAACGCAGAGACGACAAGGCGAAGAAACUUGCGGAGAUGGGCUACGACUUCGAUAUGCCUGACGUCAAAGCCGUCAAGUCAGUCCCCGCGCAGAAGAAGGUCGAGGAUACGGUGACGCUGCAUCUCGAGGACAAGCCCACGAAGCUUGAAGAGCCCGUGGAAGUGGUAAAGCCGGAAGAGGGCGUGAAGUUGAUUGAAGGCAAGAAGAAGAAGCGCGGUAAGAACGUCGAGAAGAACGUUGAGAAAGUGGUCGAGGCAGUUGAGGAUGCGCCGGUUGUGAAGGAGGAGACAACUGUGAAGAGGAAGAAUAAGGCGACUGGCACAACGUCCACGACGAAGAGGAGGAAGGUCAAGGCUGCUGCUUAA